UGUUCUCUGAACUCCCUGUCUAAUGAUCUGAACACCUGGCAAUUAAGAAGAUAGAACUCGUGUCUCACCUUCUCUCUCGUGUGUUCUUCUCUGAACUCCCUCUCUUCCUCGCUUCUUCUCCGAUGAUCUCUACUCGAUCGGCUGGGCAUUACACAACGACGCGUCGACGUGUUCCGUUCGGCACAGCGGGAGCCAAGGGACGGGCCAGGUGGCCCACCGCUCCGCCCUCGUGUCAACCCAGCAGCCGUCCGAUCGACCGCCGCCCGCAAAAUCUGACCGCGGCCGCACGCCACGGCCUCCACGCCGCUCCAUCCUGUCCGCUUCCUUCUCUGUCGCCCCUCCCCCCCUGCUUAUACGCUGCCCACGCAUCGGGCUGUGGGGUCUUGGCUCUGACUCAUCGGCGCGGGGCGGGCGAGAUGGCGGCGGCGACAGGGAGGGCGCGGGCGGUGAGCCUGGCGGCGGCGGUGCGGGUGGUGGCAGCGACGGCGCGGCCGGCGUCGAGCGCGGCCGCGGCGGCGGGGGUGGGCGCGAUGGCGCUGAUCGUGCAAGGGGAGGACACGCCGUUCGGGUCGCUGGGGUGGUGGGCGUACGCGGGCAUCUCCUGCUUCCUCGUGCUCUUCGCCGGGAUCAUGUCCGGGCUCACGCUCGGCCUCAUGUCGCUCGGCCUCGUCGAGCUGGAGAUCCUUCAGCGCAGCGGCACCGACGCCGAGAAGGCGCAGGCUGCUGCCAUCCUUCCAGUUGUUCAAAAACAGCACCAGCUUCUUGUCACACUGCUGUUGUGUAAUGCUGUCGCCAUGGAGGCACUUCCUAUAUUUCUUGACAGGAUGUUUCAUCCUGUUGUUGCUGUUAUAUUGUCAGUGACGUUUGUUCUUGCCUUCGGAGAGGUUAUACCACAAGCGAUCUGUACUAGGUAUGGUUUGGCAGUGGGUGCUAACUUUGUAUGGCUUGUACGCAUCCUCAUGGUCUUGUGCUAUCCUAUUGCUUACCCUAUAGGGAAGAUCCUAGACUGCGCUCUUGGGCAUAAUGAGUCUGCACUUUUUAGGCGAGCCCAGUUGAAAGCUCUAGUUUCAAUCCAUAGCAAAGAGGCUGGCAAGGGUGGAGAGCUUACCCAUGAUGAGACUACAAUCAUAAGCGGAGCCUUGGACCUAACCGAAAAGACAGCUGAAGAAGCGAUGACACCUAUCGAGUCAACUUUCUCACUAGAUGUGGACUCCAAGUUGGAUUGGGAAGCAAUUGGGAAAAUUCUUGCUCGGGGUCACAGCCGUGUGCCUGUAUACUCGGGAAACCCUCAAAACAUUAUUGGGCUCCUGUUGGUGAAAAGUCUUUUGACUGUCCGUGCUGAAACGGAGACGCCAGUUAGUGCUGUUUCAAUUAGAAGGAUUCCAAGGGUUCCUGCAGACAUGCCUUUGUAUGAUAUACUCAACGAGUUUCAGAAAGGAAGUAGUCAUAUGGCUGCUGUUGUGAAGGCUAAACCCAAAACUACACCACCCACUGACAAAACUGAACCAAACCGGGAAGCCGCGGGGGCACCACAGCUGAAUGUUCCCUUAUUAUCUAAUGCUGAAGAAAGGGCAGCGAAUGUGGUUGUUGAUAUCGAAAGACCACAGAACAGGCAGGUUAAUGGAAAUGCAAUGCCUAGGUCAUCGGAGGAUAUAGAUGAUGGUGAGGUCAUUGGUAUCAUUACACUCGAAGAUGUAUUCGAAGAACUCCUGCAGGAAGAGAUAGUGGAUGAGACUGAUGAAUAUGUUGAUGUUCAUAAAAGGAUCCGAGUGGCUGCUGCUGCUGCCGCAUCGUCAGUUGCAAGGGCUCCAUCAGUUAGGAGAUUAACGGGUCAAAAGGCUGCAGGAGCACAGAAUCGACAAGGACAGCAGCCUACUGGAAUUUUGAAGAAACCUACUGAGGGUGAUUCACACCCAUCAAAACAAGUGAACCUUGUCGAGCCUCUUCUGGAAAGGAGGAGGUAAUUCUAAAAUAUCGCACAUAGCAAUGAAAUGCACGGAAGCAUGCUGGAAGAGCUUGCUAUAUUCAGCAAGAAGUAAAUACGAGCGAACUCGUUGUAAAGCUCGACUGGAGCGAUGUGCUUUUGUUGUCAUGAACUCUAGUAUUGAGUUCUUUGUUUAAUUAUUAUUAUGGACGUUGAAGAUAGCCACUUUGGAGUCGGUUUAUCAGUGAUACUAGAAAAGGGGCGCAUCUUUACCUUGCCUUAUGACCCUCGUCUGUUGUGUCUUCUCCAUGUGGCACAUGAGAAGGCUAAUGAAAUGAAGAUAAUCACUUGCGGCGAGGGGAAACUGAACAAACUAUUUGCAUUUGCUUUGUAAUGGUUUACAAGCCUGGUAGAUAAUCUUAAACAACUCAGAUUUUGGACUGUACACAUGAUUAUGCAGUAAACAAAAUUUACAAAAAUUACAAAAAUCCAAGAGAGGCACUGGUGUUGUA